AUGAAACCGAUCGUUGUUUUUGGGGGGCGACUCUUGAUCCUGGUUUUGUGGCUGAACCUUGUGCCUCGAGCUGAGGGCUGCCCUGCCAAAUGUGUGUGCUACAGUGAACCUAGGCCUACUGUGGCCUGUCAACAACAAGGACUGUUUUCCAUUCCAACGGAGAUCCCUGUGCGGAGCCAACGGAUCUUCCUCCAGAGCAACACGCUAACAGUGGUGAGGUCUACCAGCUUCAGCUCCUGUCACAACCUCACUGUUCUCUGGCUAUACUCCAACAACAUUAGCCAUAUUGAGGCUGGGGCCUUCUAUGGUUUGGAGAAACUGGAGGAACUGGAUAUUGGAGACAACAGCAACCUCCGGACCAUCAGCCCCACAGCUUUCAGAGGGCUAACUAAACUGCACACCCUCCACCUACAUAGGUGCGGCCUGUCGGAGCUCCCCGUUGGGGUGUUCCGAGGAAUGUGUUCUCUUCAGUACCUUUACCUGCAGGACAAUAACAUUCUAACUCUGCAUGAUGACACUUUCCUGGACCUUGCUAACCUCACCUAUCUCUACCUGCACAACAACAAGAUCAAGAUUGUCACGGACAACAUGUUCCGUGGCUUAAUCAACCUGGACCGACUGCUGCUGCAUCAGAACUGGGUCAUCUAUGUCCAGUCGAGGGCAUUUAGUGACUUGGGCAAGCUUAAAACCCUCUUCCUGUUCUUCAACAACCUAACCAUCUUGACAGGGGAGACCAUGGACCCAUUGGUGUCCCUCCAAUAUCUUCGUCUAAAUGGAAACCAGUGGAUUUGCGACUGUCGUGCCAGGACCUUGUGGGACUGGUUCACACGCUUCAAAGGUUCCAGUUCUAAGCUGGAAUGCAGUAUUCCCUUGGACCUGGCAGGGAUGGACCUGAAACAACUGAAAAGUGAGGACAUGGAGGGUUGUGUGGAAACACCUCAAAUCCAGACCAAUAUAUUUAGCUCUAAAGCACGAUCUGGGAAGUUCCCCUCCACUGAAAAUCCCCUGUCAGAGGCCAUUCCCAGGUGUUGCCUCGGUGAUAAUGACAAAUCCUCCAUCCUAUCAGGCAAGAGCAGGCAAAUCACCACCAACCCCCUAAAAGAAAAGGAGAACAUAUCCAAGACCAAAUUUAAGGAACCUGAACGAACAAAAAACGAGACCCGGAACAAGCAGAGCGAUGGGCCAUUGGGAACCUUGUCCAACAACCUAGAUCAGUCUUUGGAGAAUCCAGAUCUCAUAGGCAAUCUGGAACCUUCAACAGCUCCUAACAAAAAGAAAAAGAAGUGCUCAAAAAAGCCCAAAUCAGACAACCAUUGUCUCAAAGGCCAGGGAUCUACAAUUCAGGUGCUGAGCUUUCUCUUCAUUCCCAUGAUCUGGAUUUGUCUAGCCAUGUCUUAG